ACCCCGGAAGAAUGACUAACUCUGCUCCGAUUCAGACCCUGACAGAGUCCUCUCACUCCAAUCUGUCCUUCUGUCUCGGCAAACAAAAAGAUCUCGGAACUGAAGUCCCACAAAGACCAUUUGAAAAAAUGAAUGAAUUUAAUCGGCAUGGACUCCAUAAAAACAUGCUUGUCUUGGUGUUGAUGCUGUGCGCGCCUCAUUGCUGUCACGCGUUCAACUUGGAUGUGAGGUUUCCAGUAGUCAAAGAGGGAAAAACUGCAGGCAGUUUAUUUGGACUUUCAGUUGCACUUCAUGAACAGGUUGUGGGAGAGAAACGACACUUACUUCUUGUAGGAGCACCUAAGGAGAAGGCAGAGUCUGGACUGCCAGCCAGUGAGACUGGAGAUGUGUAUGCCUGUCCAAUUACUGCAGACCCCAAAGACUGCCAAAGACUGAACCUUCUCCAAUCAAGUCCUGAAGACCUCCCAGACCCUAAAAUUGACGUGAUAGAAGGAAUGUGGCUCGGCGUUUCUGUAGCCAGUCAGAGUCAACCAGGCGGUCGUAUAUUGGCCUGUGGCCAUCGUUAUGUCCGGAACAUAACGGCCAACCUUCGCAUGAUUGGGAAGUGCUAUAUCCGUGGAAAUAAUUUAAUGUAUAACAAGGAUGACUCUGAUUGGCAGUCACACAAUGAGUUGUGUGACCCCAGUGGAACAAAGGAUGAUGAAGGCCUGUGUCUCGCUGGAAUGUCUGCUGCCAUCACUCAGACCGAUGUCAUCUUGGGAACGCCUGGUUGCUACAACUGGCAAGGGAAUGCAUUUCUGAACUGGCAUGACUCUAAUUAUCCUGAGUAUAUUCUGAAGAUCAAUUUUCCAGACAUGACACGAGGGAAUAUUUACAUUGGUUACUCUGUAGCUAUGGGUGAAGGCGUACUAAGCAAAGAGAAAGACACACUGGUAACAGGAGCCCCAAGGGAUGGAGCCAAAGGAUCGGUGAUGAUGGCUGAGUUUUUCAAAAUGGCUAAAAUGAAUGAAAAACUCAUAUUGAAAGCCACUAUCAUGGGGGAGCAAGUUGGAUCCUAUUUUGGCAACAGCAUUGCUGUUGUGGACCUUAAUAAUGAUGGUUGGAAGGAUCUGAUUGUUGGAGCCCCUUUCUAUUUUGAUCGGAAGAAUGAAAAAGGCGGGGCAGUGUAUAUCUACAUGAACCAGAAUGGAUCUUUUCGUGACAAAGCUGACGUGAUCCUCACUGGGCUGAAGGACUCAGCUUUUGGCAUGGCUGUUGUUGCUAUUGGUGACGUUAACCAAGAUGGCUUCCAAGAUUUUGCUGUUGGUGCUCCAUAUCAUGGAAAAGGCAUGGUGUUUAUAUGGAUGGGCAACAAAGAUGGGAUUUCCCACAAUGCCAGUCAGAUGAUUGAUGGAAAAGACAUCCCAGGUGCUGGAUUCCAGACAUUUGGCUACUCCAUCAGUGGAGGCAUGGAUGUGGACAGGAACAGUUACCCGGAUAUAGUAGUUGGAUCAUUAGAUGAUCGAGUGGUCUUGCUUAGGGCACGUCCUGUGAUUCACCUAAAGAAGAUCUUCACUGUAACACCAGAGGUUAUCAACCCUAAUGACUGUGAUUCUUGUAUUGAGGCAAAACUCUGUUUCUCCUACAUACCAAGCACUGGCAGUACCAGCUCCAUUAAGAGUAUUACUUUGAAAUAUACAGUGGAAGCUGAUCGAUUACAUCGGAGUCCUCGUGUUCAUUUCCUUGACAACAAAGAAGGCAAAUUCACUGAUGAAAUGUCCAUUAAUUCUUCUGGUGAAUGUCGUUCUCUGAAACUCGAGCUGGCGUCCAAGACAAUCCAAGACAAGGUGUCCCCAAUAGUUUUCUUAUUUAACGUGUCAUUGGUGGAGCCUCCUCCCUCAGCCAAGCAGUCGGUGGAGGAUCUCAGUGCUUUUCCUGUCAUUAGCCAGGGAGACGCUCUGAUUGUCAGAAAAGAGAUUCACAUUCAGAAAGCCUGUGGAUCAGAUAACAAGUGUGAGAGCAACCUUCAAAUGACGGCAAUAUUCACAGAUGAGCAGAACAGGCCAUUCCCAAUGCAGAAUGGCCGCCAGAUUUUCAGCUACACUUUUGAUAUGAAGAAGCUAAGACUGAUGGUAAUUGUGUCCAAUAUCCCGUCAGAGGACAGGAUAGCAGAAGAUGCUUACAGUGCUCUACUAAAUGUCACCUUUCCCACCUCACUUAGCUUCUCCAGCCUGAGCCCCAAGAACUUGAGUGCUGAAUUGUCAGAUGAAUCUUUUCUUCAAUGUACGCUGGGGGACCCUUUCAAAAGCAAUCAGAGGAUGGAGAUUGAUAUCACCUUUGAAACAUCAGGAAUCACAAUAGAUAUGCAAGAGAUUCAGAUUGAACUGCAAAUCUCAACGCGGAGUGAUCAGAAUGAUCUAUGGCCCCUGACGAGAGUGCUGGUGGUGGAGUACAUCCUACAGCCCAGCUUGCGUGUACUUCACUCUAAGUUUGAGACAGAAUGCAGUGGGAAAGUAGUAGGAGAAUCAGCCAUGAAAUCCACUAGUGAUAUCGGAAGUCCGGUGGAAUUCAACUUCACGGUGGACAUUCCUGGAAAACCUCUGGGAAAUCUGAGUUUUCUAGAAGUAGUCUUUCAGUGGCCUUUUGUAGUGUCUAAUGGGAAGUGGCUACUUUAUUUGUCAGAAAUUCAAUUGACAGGAACCUCCAAGUCAUUCUGUGUCCCUGAAAAGAACAUAAUAAACCCCCUCAAUCUAACAGUGUCGGAGCAUAAGUCUGGAAGGAGGAGGAAGAGGAGAGAUGAGGCCUCAGUUGAGUCUGAAUACGCCAAGCCACAGGCCUCCCUGAACUCAAGGGAUGUCAGGAAAACUGUCAAACUGGACUGCACCACAGGCACUGCCCUCUGUCAAACCUUUACAUGCCCCUUGCUAGGCAUGGGUACCUCAGCUACACUCAUUGUCAGAGCGCGUUUAUGGAACAGCACAAUUCUUGAGGACUACACUGGUUCAGAAAUAUUAGUGUCUGGUAAUGCCACCUUGAGUUUGAAAACAGACAAACCUACCAUCAAGAUGAUCAAUGACGCCUGUGAGUUCUCAGUAGUUAUUGAGUCUGCAGGGACAGAAAAGGGUCCAUAUGAAGCACCUCUGUGGAUAAUCAUUGUGUCUGUCCUGGCAGGAGUAAUUCUGUUGGGUUUGAUUGUCAUUCUCAUGUGGAAGUUUGGCUUCUUCAAGAGGGCCAACACCAGAGAGCUUUAUGAGGCCAAGGCCCAGAAAGCUGAGAUGAAAACACAGCCAUCUGAAAAUGACCGCCUUACUGAGGACGACUGAGAUUCGUUGGCCUUUUGUGGGCCUCUGACACAAAUUGCAAGAGUGGGGUUUUUUUUUAAGCGGGCUGCCUAUUUCAGAACUAUGCCAAAAUACCAAGGAGUGAAGAUAUGUAAGAAGGAACAGUAUCAGGUAAAUCAGGGCUUUUUGAUUGUGGGCACCAACAAGAAACACUGGAUCACAAACUGGACCGAACAGUAACAGUACUACUGAUGAAAGCUCUCUCAAACUGCCUCUCCUAGACAGUGGAAUGAGAAGACUCUUGAGAAUUGUUUUUGUAUUAAAAAAAGAAUGGAACUCUACUUGAUUUGAUUUGAACUUUGUCUGGAAACUAGAUGUAAUCUUGUUCAUUUCAAACUGUUGGACAGGAACUGAUUUUACAGAAGUUUCAUCACAUGUGAGUUUUAUGUUAAUUUUGUUACUGUUUUUCAACUGAAGACAUGUUAUAUAUGUAUGUUUUAUUGCUACCACAUCUUAAUUGUAUUUCUUUUGCGUUUAUCAUCAGUCUCCUUGGCGAUCAUAAUUUCAAGCUCAUUUCCAUUUCCUAGCGCCAUCUAGAGCUCUGCACAUGCGUCCAUGCAUCUGCAAUGGCAAGAUGUACAGAGAAAAAGGAGUUACAUUUUGGUCUGUUCUCACCCAAAACUGAUAAAACUGUUUUAUGGAUUAAUUUAUGCUGCCUUUAUGUGCUUUUUGGAGCUUCAAAGUUUUGGUCACCAUUCACUUGCAUUGUAUGGGCCUACAGUGCUGAGAUAUUCUUCUAAAAAUCUUUGUGUUCUGAAGAAGAAAAAAGUCAUUAACACGUAUGGCAUGAGGAUGAGUAAAUGAUAAGAGAAUUUUCAUUUUUGGGUGAACUAUCCCUUUAAGUGUGAAUCAUGUCUUUUAACGCAGGAUGGUAAACAAACACACACAAAUAUAUUCGUAGCCUAUGCAAUUGGGACAGUACCUGCUCAAAUUCAGCCCGUUUUAGCUCCACUCUGGUUUCUGCUGUCGCUUUUAUGGUGAAGAGUGUGCGAUGUGUACAUGCUCUAAUAGUUUUUGUGCGAAUUUCACACUCAAGGUUUCAAAUAUCUCGUGGGAAUUCAUGUAGUUCGUGUGAUGGAAAUGUGAUGAUUACAUUUGUCAUGAUUUUUACAGUGAUUUAUUUCUGUAUUUAAAAUGUUUCAUUAAUUGAGUGGCUGAUGUUUACAUGAUGUCUGUCUUAAAUGUUCGUGUGUCUUUUUAAAUAAUUACUGCGCUCUCAUGUGUCAACUUGCAAAUCUAAGUAGCCGAAAGCUGUUUAUCAGAGCUCGCGCAUUAAUUAGAUCUUAAAGCUACCGUAGAAAAUGAAUAAAUAAAGUGAUAUCUUCAAAAA